AUGAUGGAUAAUGAAUUAGAUCGAUUUAUUGAAGAUUGCAAUACACUUCAAGAGAAAAUUAACACAAUAACUCAGAAUAAAAACUUUGAUAGUCUACUACUUACAGAAAUUGACAAUUGGGGGAAGACAAUUAUUGAUAAAGUUAAAAAAGUCGCUGUACAAGUUCGAGAGCAAGUUAUCAAACUAGCGAGCGCAAAAGAAAUGGAAACAAAAUCAAAAUUUGAGAAAUAUCGUCAAAAUCUCAAUCAACUAAAAGAAACCGGUGAUUUUGUCGAGCAUGAUUUGAAAUAUCUCGAACUGACAGUUUAUCAACUUAAUCAAGAUCUAAAACGAUUAAAUCAACCACUUGAAUUCGAGUUAUCUCAACAUCCUCAAAUUUUACCUAUCUGGCAUUAUGAUGCAGGCAAACAUCAAUGGAGAGCUGAUGAUUCAGCAACAACACAUCAUCACAUAAAACCAAAAGUACAACGAUUUCUUCGAGCUAUUACAUAUAAUAUUUCGUUCAGUAAAGAACAUAAACAAUUACGUUUUCAAGGUCUUUCUUCAAUUCUACAACAUUCCAAAGCAGAUAUUAUAUGUUUACAAGAAAUGACAAAAUCAAUAUUGGAACAAUUAAUUUCUGAACCAUGGGUACAACAACACUAUUUCGUUAGUGAUAUUGAUGGAAGUACAUUUUUAAAUGGACAAGAAAGUUAUGGUGUAGUCAUGUUAAUUGAUAAAUCAUUAUAUUUACGACGACUUCUAGCAUGUCCAUUUCAUACAGAACAAGGAAGACAAUUAUUACUUGCGGAAAUUCAAUUGAAAACAGAAAAAUUAUUAGUAGGUACUGUUCAUUUAGAAUCAAAACAAGAUAAAGAAACUAUUCGAUCACAUCAAAUACAAACUUGUCAAUCUGUAUUCAAUAAAUAUGCAAUCAAUCAACCAAAUGUAACAAGAUUAUUAAUGGGAGAUUUUAGUAUGAAUGCCGUUGGACCUGAAAAUCUUAAACAAAUGAAUAUUCUUAAAAAUUGGACAGAUUUAUGGGAAAAAUUAAACGGAGCAAACAAUCGUGGAUGGACUUAUAUCAAUGCAAGAGUAGAUCGAAUUAUGUUUCAAAGUUUACGUACAAUUCCAAUUAAAAUACGAAUGAUUGGUAUGACACCUAUUGGACAAGCUCCAAAACGAAAAAGUUUUGCGCAAACUAUAUUAAGUAUUUUUUCACUCGAUAAAAAAAAUCAAGAUAUGACACAGAUAUUUCCAUCUGAUCAUUUUGGUUUAAUGGCUGAUUUUGAUCUUAGCCGUAUUUAA